AGCGUCAGGGCCGCAGCUUGGCCCCAAAAUUGCGCAUGCGCUUAAUGAACAAAAGGCUCUCGAGGGUCGGCAGCAGAUUGGAAACGGCAAAGAAUUUGUGUACAGGAAUUUCAAACAUAACAGCACGUCAGAUUUGCAGUCUCUGUGCAGAUGUUUCCCUUGUAACACUGGUUUAUCUGUUGAUGAUCGUUGGAGAUGAAGAAGUAUCUCAUCCCAGCUGGAAAAGUUUUUUGUCUCUGAAAUGAGGUUUUCUGUUAUAACUCGGUGAAAUCGAUUGGAACUGGGGUACUGAGAUCACACCAGUGUUUGUUGAACAGAGAUCAGUCCUCCAACUCCAUUGAUUGUGCAAGGGGUUCACUAUGUCUGACAUCUGACUUGAUAGCAGGGAGAUAUCAUUCUCCUUCUCUCAGUGUAGGAAGGGGGUCACUCACUCAGCCAACCUACAGUCACAUCAGUGAGUUCACUGUGGGGAGAGGCCCUUUCCCUGGUGUGUGUGUGGGAGGGGAUCUACUCACUCAUCCAGCCUGAAGGAACAUCAGCAAUUUCACACCAUAGAGAGCGAGUUCACCUGUUCUAUCUGUGGGAAGCGAUUCAUGCUGUCGUCCAAACUGAAGAUACAUCUGAAAAUUCACAUCAGUGAGAAACUACUUAUCUGUUCCUUGUCUGGAAGGAGAUAAUCACUCAGCUCACCUAGAGAAACAACAGUGACUACACCACAGAGAGACUAUUGCGUGUGUGGGAAGAGAUUCAUUGGUCAUCUCACCUACAGACACACCAAGGGAGAGAGCAUUCAUCUGUUCUGUGUUUGGAAAGAGAUUCAUUCGGUGAUCUGAUCUGCUGACACAUGAGCGAGUUCACAUCGGGGUACAUCUGCUCUGAACCUGGGACGGGAGUUACUUGUUCAUCCCAACUGCAGACAAACCAGUUAGUUCGCACUGUGGAGAGGCCGUUCACCUGCUCAGACUGUGGGAAGAGAUUCACUCAGUCAUCCCACCUACUGACACACCAGUUAGUUCACACUGGGGAGAAACCAUUCACCUGUUUAGACUGUGGGAAAGGAUUCACUCGGUCAUCUCAACUGAAGGUACAUCAGCGAGUUCACACAGGAGAGAGACCAUUCACCUGCUUAGACUGUGGGAAGGGAUUCUCUCGGUCAUCUGACCUACUAGCACAUCAGUCAGUUCACACUGGGGAGAGGCCAUUCACCUGCUCAGUCUGUGGGAAGGGAUUUCCUCGGUCAUUUCAACUGAAGGUACAUCAGCGGGUUCACACUGGGGAGAGGCCGUUCAAAUGCUCUGAAUGUGGGAAGGGAUUCACCCAGUUAGCCCACCUACAGACACACCAGCGAGUUCACACCGGAGAGAGACCAUUCACCUGUUCUGUGUGUGGAAAGGCAUUCACUCAGUUAUCAAGCCUCCAGACACACCAGUCAGUUCACACUGGGGAGAGGCCGUUCACUUGCUCAGACUGUGGGAAGGGAUUCACUCAGUUAUCCCACCUACAGACGCAUCAGUCAGUUCACACUGGGAAGAAGCCGUUCACCUGCUCAGACUGUGGGAAGGGAUUUCCUCGGUCAUUUCAACUGAAGCUACAUCAGCGAGUUCACACUGGGGAGAGGCCGUUCACUUGCUCAGACUGUGGGAAGGGAUUCACUCAGUCAUCCCACUUGCUGGCACACCAGUCGGUUCACACUGGGGAAUGGCCAUUCACCUGUUCUGUAUGUGGGAAGGGAUUCACUCAGUCAUCCCACUUAAUAGCACACCAGUCAGUUCACACAGGGGAGAAACCAUUUGCCUGCUCAGACUGUGGGAAGGGAUUCACUCGAUCAUUUCAACUGAAGGUACAUCAGCGAAUUCACACUGGGGAAAGGCCAUUUUCCUGCUCAGACUGUGGGAAGAGAUUCUCUCGGUCAUCCCACCUACUGGCUCACCAGUCAGUUCACACUGGGGAGAAGUCAUUCAUCUGCUCUGACUGUGGGAAGGGAUUCACUCGGUCUUCUCAACUGAAGGAACAUCAGCGAGUCCAUACUGGGGAGAGGCCGUUCACCUGCUCAGACUGUGGGAAGGGAUUUCCUCGGUCAUUUCAACUGAAGGUACAUCAGCGGUUUCACACUGGGGAGAGGCCAUUCAUCUGCUCUGAAUGUGGGAAGGGAUUCAUUCAGUCAUCUCACCUACAGACACACCUGCGAAUUCACAUGGGAGAGAGAUCAUUCAUCUGUUCCAUGUGUGGGAAGGGAUUUACUCACUCAUCCCACCUACAAACACAUCAGUGUGUUCACACUGGGGAGAAGCCGUUCAUCUACUCAGAAUGUGAGAAGGGAUUCACUUGCUCAUCUCACCUACUGACACACCAGCAGGUUCACGCUGGGGACAGGCCAUUCACCUGCUCAGACUGGGAAGGGAUUUCCUCAGUCAUUUCAACUGAAGGUACAUCAGCGAGUUCACACUGGGGAGAAACCAUUCACCUGCUCUGAGCGUGGGAAGGGAUUCACUUGAUCAUCUCACAUUGUGAUACACCAUUGGGUCCACACUGGGGAAACAGUUUAAAUAAGCUGCAUGCUGAAUAUGUAAACCACCACUGUUGCUGAAUCCAGAGGCAAGUUCAAAAGUGACUGUUGGUGUUGAACUCUGCAAUUAUUGCUGCUGCUCCUCACACCCAGUUCACACUGGGCAUGGGAGGAGUUUCUUCUGUUAAUAUUCAACCUUAAAGCGUCUGGAGUUUAAUAUUCUGGAUCUGUGACUAAUAAAUAAGUUCUAUUUUAAAC